CAGGCUGGACGUGGCUCUGGGCAGCCUGGUCUGGUGGUUGGCAACCCUGCCCACAGCAGGGAGGUUGACACUGGAUGAUCUUUGAGGUCCUUUUCAACCCAGGCCAUUCUAUGAUUCUAUGAAUGUGGUCAUGCUGCCAGACCUGCGUAAAGGAAAAACUUUAAAAUGGCAUUUAUGGCAUUGCUUUCUCCCCUGUCCCUGUAGGACUCCCUGCUGCAGUUCCGUGGUUAGAAUAUGAUCAAAAAAUCACAUUCCUGCUCAGUACAUAAAAUCUGCAGUGCAGUGCGGUAUCAGCAGCUAGGAGUCACCCGCAGGAGACCAGAACAGCUUCUCUCCGUGGGUGCAGUUUCUCUGCUCGCGAGGGCCAGCAGAGCCCUGAACCCCUUCGAAGAUCUCGUUACUGGGAGGACUAACGAACGACAGGCACAGACGUUCAUCCCACGGGAUGAGAAGAGUGACAUGAGCUGCUGAGUCCGGGCUGCUGCAAUUAGUCACAGACGUCAGUGUAAUAGGACACUGAGUAAGAACGCCUGUAAGAAUGGAGGACUUCUCCUGCGGAAGUCCCAAAGCUACAAAACCUUCAGUGUAUCGCAGGAAAAACGCAGGAGAAAGAGGAGUCCUGCCAGUCCUUGGGCCCUGGCUGCGGCAGGAGCUGCUGGGUGGAAAUGCCAACUCCGUCACCCGUGUAUUUCACCUUGUAUCCUCUUCCUCUUCCCUGCAGGGACAUUGUGCUGGCGUCACACCUGAGGCCUCUAGAGAAGAAGGACAAGAUGGGGAACAAGAGAAAUGUGCUGUGGAACCCCUGUGUGGGCCACACGAAGGGCCAGCAAGCCAGCGAGCUGGAGAUGCCCCAGGAGCUGGAUCAACUGCCCAGAACCUCUGCCGAAUUUUACAGAGAUUGGCGCAGAUGCUUAAAAAGCGGAAAAGAGAAAUACCAGCUUUUGCUUAAACUGGAGGGGAAGGCCUUGGGCAGAAUCUUUCAGGCUGAGUUGGGUUUUGGCCUCCUGGGGGAGUUCCUUACCGUGCUGGCAGAGAACGUCUGCCAUGAAGACAGGGACGCCGUCCUUCAGAUCUUACAGAGCCUUUCCGGCACCAAACGCUUUGGGUUAAACCUGGAUCUUCUGAGCACAUCAGAGAAGGAGAGCACCAAGGAUCUGUUCAGGAAGCUGCAGGGCAUGAGCGGGGGUUAUUGGACCCCUGGCCAUCCCAGUGGCAAAGCAGAGGGGGAAGCCCACCUCACAGACACCAGCUUGCAGAAGGAAGCUGAGGAAAGCAGAGUGAUGGAGCUGAUGAGAUGUUACCAGACCAGCUGAAGGAGCAGCAGUGGUUCUGCCAAAUAAAGGUUGCAACAGA